CUGUUUCAAAUGGAAAUGAAACAGGAUGAAACUUCCUCCAGGUAAGCAAACCCUUUAACAUUCAAUAUUUGAAUAUUUUUUCCCUUUCAUUUACUAUAAUGUCUCAUAAAUAUUCAAUAAAUGCUGUUAUAUAUAAAAAAAUUUAAUAACCCAAGCAAAGAAGAUACACCCUAAACCUCUUCUUGAUGAACAAAGUUCAAAUCUUUUGUUCAAUUUUUCCAUUCUUUACAUCAAAAAAACCAUUUUGUGUGAUGAAAUUUGAUUAGCCAAGAAUUGAGGUUCUUAAAUUUAGCAAUAUGAAUCUGUCAUUGUACACAGCUAAAACAGUCUACAGGUUCUUGAGCUCCAAAGCCACAUGUUGGUCUCAAAUUAAUCCAAAGAACAAGGUAAAAACUUGUAGGAGUGAACUCACAAGCACUAAAAAGCCUAAAGUAAAGUUAACAAACCAACAAAAUGAAAUCUUGGAAGCCAUUUCAAAUGGGAAUUCUGUUUUCAUUACUGGUUCUGCAGGGACUGGAAAAACCUAUUUACUUCAGCAUAUUAUCACUAAACUUAGGAAGAUUCAUGGGAAAUCUCGGGUUUUCGUAACAGCCUCAACUGGGGUUGCUGCUUGUGCCCUUAAUGGGCAGACUCUUCAUUCUUUUGCUGGAAUUGGUCUUGGUGAUGCUAGUGAUGUGGAUUUGCUAUCCAGAGUUACAUUGGAUAAGAGAGCGUAUCGAAGAUGGAAUAAAGUUAGGGCCUUGGUUAUUGAUGAAAUUAGCAUGAUUAGUGGUGAGGUUUUUGAUAAUCUUGAGUUUAUCGCGAGGAGCAUUAGAAGUGAAGAACUUGGUUGUGAGGAAAAGAUUUGGGGUGGCAUACAAUUAGUUGUAAGUGGAGAUUUCUUUCAGCUUCCACCAGUUAUCAAUAAGAAGGGAACAAAAAAGGAAUUUGCCUUUGAAGCUGAUUGUUGGAAUGCUAGUUUUGAUAUGCAAAUUGAACUUAAAAUGAUCUUUAGGCAAUCAGAUGCACAGCUGAUAAAACUGUUGCAAGGAAUUAGGAAAGGGAAGUAUGAUUCUGAGGAUUUGAAGUUAUUGGAUCAAUGUUGCUCAAAGGUGGAGCCAGAUUCUUCAGCUGUUCAGCUUUACCCAAGGAUUGAUGAUGUGAGCAAAGUGAAUGCCGAGCGACUCGACCGUUUAGAUGAGGUACUAUUUCAUUAUCAAGCUCUUGACAGUGGAAAAGAUCCUUGGAAGAAGCAGCUUAAGCAUGGAAUUGCACCUGAGUUGAUCAAGUUGUGUGUAGGAUCUAGGGUGCUUUUGACAAAGAAUAUUGAUGUUAUUGGCGGACUUGUAAAUGGUGCUACUGGUACGAUCUUAGAGUUUGCUGUUGUUCAAGAUACUCAUAAAUCAUAUGACAAUGAGAUUUCUGACGUUUGUAGCAGUGGUAACAUGCUACCUGUUGUUAAAUUUGAUUCCGGGCAAGAACUGAUGAUUGGUCUAGAAAGAUGGUAUGUAAUGGAGGGAGAUGUAGCGGUUGCCAUGCGAAAGCAAAUUCCCCUCAUACUGGCUUGGGCUCUAAGCAUUCAUAAAUGUCAGGGGAUGACUCUGAACAACCUCCAUACAGAUCUCUACCGGGUGUUUGGCUUUGGGAUGGUUUAUGUUGCUCUUUCGCGUGUUAAAAGCUUGGAUGGCCUUAAUCUAGUCAAUUUCAAUCCGUCAAAGAUCAAGGCAAACCCCAAGGUUUUGCAGUUCUACGAAAGAUUGUCUGAUGAAAAAGAUGAACCAAAAGAAGACCGUGCGACUGAUGAGAUUUAAAUUUGGAAGUCUGAUGUAAACCUUGAACAAUGGUAGUAGAAUUCGAAAAAGCUUCUACAUGGAUCGCACUAAGGUUAUCUUUGCCUCUCCUCUUCUUGUACUCUAUUAAAUCUGUUCCUGUUCCAUUAUGCUACAGUUGGCUGCUGACUAGUUUUAGGCUGAACUAGCUUAGGCGUUUGGAGGAUUAACAGUAUAGAGCGUCAUCCAUUUGCAAAUUCUGUGGUGCUGCUUAUUUUCGCUGCCAAUAGUUGUGAGGGGCAGGAGUCUUUGGGGAAUAAAGGGGGAAGCAUCCAUGCCCUACUCCGCCCGUUGGUAAUAGCUUAAAAUAAGAAGCUAGAUAUGUGUGUGGAAGACAUACAUGCGAGUUCAAUGUAGAAACAAAUCCAUUCUUCAUUAUGAAAGAAGAAAGACGGAAUAUAAAGCACCAUGGCAAUACUUCCUUAAACUUCAUAAGAUGCAAUGUCCAUGUUCUAGAUUUUGUCCCUUGAAUCCUCAGAAUAUAUGAAGUAUCACAACUAGAUGUAAAGACAGGUAAUUGUAAAAGAAUGGAUAUACCCAUUUUUUACUGA